GGCGGAAGGGGCCGGGCGCGGCGCUGCUCGGCGGAGUUUCCGCGCCUUCCCCUCGGUGGCGGGGCGGUCGCGCUGCCCCUCGGGGAGUCGUGCCCCGCUGCCCGUCUGCCCGCCCCCCGCCCGCCUCGCCGCUAUGCUGCUGCCGUCCGACGUGGCCCGGCUGGUGCUGGGGUAUUUACAACAGGAGAAGCUUCUGGCUACCUGCCGGGAAUUCAUCUUAGAAAGCUCCGAUUUGAAGGAGUACGCAGAGCACUGUACAGAGGAUGGGUUCAUUCCGGCCUGCUUGCUGUCCCUGUGUGGAAAAAACUUGACAACUAUUCUUAAUGAAUAUGUAGCCAUGAAAACAAAAGAAACGACAAACGAAGUUCCAGCAAUGAUGUCAUCUCUGUGGAAAAAAUUAGACUAUACGCUUUCUCAGAUAAGGAGCAUGCAGGGCUCCACGGGCUUUUCUGCUAAUCAAAGGACACGUACAAGAAGUGGAAUUGUAGAAAUGAAACGACAGAGAAUGCUUCAGCAGUCGGCUCCUCCAAAUUCAGGACUGUUAUCUGUAGCCCCUCAGCCAGGACCACAGUAUCAUUCUUCUACCAUAUCUCCUCAAGUUAUCCACAAGCCAGCAAUAAAUCAGAGUAUAUCGCAGGCAAGACUGAAUACGUUGUUUGUUCACCAGCCACAAGCCCAAGAAAACAGAAUCGGCACAGGAGAUUUCAUACACAUUCAAGUUCCAGCAUCACAAGAACGAAAGCUUCACUCAAACUUGCUUUCUCCAGGAAGGAGGAAAAGUGAAUCUCAGAAGAGGAGAAGUGUAGCAACAUCUGGACCUCCUGCAGGAAGUAGAAGUUCUCAAGAUCCUGAUGAAGUAAUAAUAGAAAAAGAAAGUGAGCCACUUGAAGAGUUUAUAGAUGGUAACUUCCCACAACUGAUUAUUGAAAACGCCAGAGAAAAGAUCCUGAGCAACAAAUCUCUUCAGGAAAAGCUAGCUGAAAACAUUAACAAAAUCCUGGGCAGUGAUGGCAGUGUCACUCAGGCACCUAAACAGACAGAAAGUGGCCCAACAGAACAAGAGACUUCAAUUGAUGAAAUCCUUGGCCUUCAGGGUGAAAUUCAUAUGUCGGAAGAGGCUAUACAGGACAUUCUGGAACAGACAGAAUCAGAUCCGGCUUUUCAGGCGCUCUUUGACUUGUUUGAUUAUGGGAAGAACAAGGUAAACAAGAAUUUGCCUGCUGGUAUUUCUGGUCAGAGUGGGGUAGAAAACACAAUCCUGGUGGAUGCGGAUAACUUGGAAACACUUGAAAGUUCUUUAGGAACAGAAGAAACUAGUAAGUGUGAUAGUUCUAGAGAAGUGCUGUCCUGUAAAGGUUUUCAGUUGGAAGAAACGUCAUGCGCCUUGAAGAACCCCAUUAAUGAUGACAAUAUGGCAAAGAAAAAUGCAACCAGUGAACAAUUGCAUGGAAAUUGUAGGCUAAGGAAGGAGGCUGAUGUACUUAAAACCAUUACCCAUGAACAUAUUGGCGAGCUGGAAAUUGCUUUUGACUCUGUGCCUGUUCUGACUGAAUCUAACAAGAGGCAAAUUUCUGAUGGCGAACAUCACGAGCACUGUCAAGACUCUUAUGGUAAAAAAGACUCGUCCACACCAGUACCUGGAAGUGAAAAAUGUAUGGAAAUUGAAAAAGAUACACUAAGUCAUAGUACUCAAAGUAGUCCUAAUUUGGAAUAUGUUCAUUCUGGUAGUCCCCAGAUUCCUUUGGUUUCGUUGGAAGAGGGUUGUAGAGCUAAUGAGAACAGAACGCGGCCUGCAGGUAAAUGUCACUUUUCUCCACACACAUCGGUACCUGAAAAAACACUCACUAAAAGCCCUUCUGACGGGAGCCCUGCCCACAGUGCACUGCUGAGAAAAAAUAAUACAUCCAUUUCUAGCCCAUCAGCAGAUGCAGGAAAAGAACAGGCUGUAGCAAAUGAUACAGCUCCAUUACUUAAUAUUUCACAGGAGAACUUGAGCCACCAUACUAACCAGCAAGAUCAGAGCGUGCAGUCAGACUGUGCUACAAAAUCCGCAGUGAAUAUGUCAGAUCUUGACAAAACAGAGUUGCAGCUUGAAGCUGCUGGUACUUGUAAAAAAACACAGCCAGAUGAUCAGCGUGCACUCGAUAACCCUAAGAAAGAUUUUAACCUCCCUUCAGGACUGUCGAACUCAGAGGGAGCACAAGUGGAAAUGCAAGAAACUUCAUCUUCUGCAAAAGCAGAUACUGAUAACAUAUAUUUCUCUUCUGGUGAUGAUGCGUGUACAGGAAUUUCUGUAGUACCCACUGAAAAUAACCUCACUGCAUCUGAAAUGUGCCACUCUCCUCUCCCAGAAACCACUUCCUCAACAGAUGAAUUGAGUACCAAAGCCAAAAGCGCAAGCGGUGUCUCUUCUAGUAGUCAACCGAUGGAUGUUGAUCCUUCUAAUAUAAUGUCCCUCAAGAUCAUCAUCAGUGAUGACCCGUUUAUUUCGUCAGACACGGAGUUAAAUAAUGCUGUUUCCAGCAUCACAGGAGAAAAUUUGCCAACAAUAAUAUUGUCAUCUCCAGCCAAAUCCCCGAACAAAACUGCAGGCCUGUCCAAAUGUCUGACUUCAGAAGACACAGAGAAAAAUGUGGAGUCAGCUUUGGCAGAGCAGAAUCUCCUUGUGCUCAGACCUAAGGAUCCUGUGGUUACCGCAGUUAACACUCAAAAUGAGGACUGCACUGUUUUUUCAGUUGCGAGUACAAGUAAUCUUUCCAAGGAAGGAGGAUUUAUUCAGUUGAUGCCAGCAACGAGCACAGCUUUUGGCAGUACCAACAACCUGUAUAUAGCCACCUGUGUGACUGAUCCAGCUGCCUUGGGCACAGCUGUAACUCCUUCCAACGUGGUUGUAUUGCCCGGCAGCUCCAUGCCUCUCGCUGCCCAAGCACCAGCAGUCCAGCAAUUACGGACUCCUCCUAGAUCCAGCAGUACAUUUGCAGGAAACCAGGCUGUCUCCCCAGGCUUCCCACAGGGUUCUGCCAUUAUAAUCACGUCUCCAGUGCAGCCUGUUUUGCAAGGAAUGGUGGGAAUGAUUCCUCUCUCAGUAGUAGGACAAAAUGGGAAUUCCUUCUCAGCGCCUGCCCGCCAGGUUUUGCAUAUGCCUGUAGCUAAUCCAGUGUGCAACAGAAAUGUCCCAAAACUUCCCAUCCCACCCAAAUCACAGAAGAUUCCCGGAGCAAGAAACAAGACCAAUGCAGGAAAACCGGUGCCAAGCGUAUCCGAAACUUCAAACCAUAUAAAUGCUCGAACACAAAGGGCUGGAAAUUCAGACAAGCUCAUCACUGCAGAGCUGGGAAGGAAAGCGGAGGAGAACUUGCCCGCUGCUCCAGCAGAGAGCACAAGCUCAAAUUCGAGGCAAGGUGAAAGUCACAGGAGAGUGCUUUGCUUUGAUAAUAUCCUACCCGCUGCAGGUGGAAACACCCAGGCACAGACUGCUAAGAGUUUGCCCCAAAAAGAAAGAAAUGAAAACUCUUCAUUUCCUGUGGAUUCGGCACCAUCCUCUGCCAAAACACAGGCAGCAAAGAGAGAGAAAGACAAAACGUUGCCUAGAAUUCUCUGUAAGCCAGAAGUUGCUGGCAACAGAAGCACAGCUGUGAAGGAGCCGCAGCCCGAGCGGAAGGUGGUAACGGCAGGGCUUCCCUCGGAUCCCUUCCACAAGGCUACAGCAAAUAAAGAAAACGAAUUGCGAAGAGAUAGUGAUGAAAAACAGAAGAACCAGGACACUGCCAAGCUGUCCAACGGCCAGCAGAGUGUUAGCUUGUGGAAUGAGAAGACAGUUGCUUCGGUGCAAGAACUGAACAAGAAGCAAGCGUCGCUGUCAAAUGGGAACAGCAAAUCUUCACCGUCUGUUUCUCUGUCUUCAAAGGAGCCCAAGCGAGAAGCAGCUAAAGUUUCCAACCAAGGCCUUUGCCUGUCAAGUCCGUUCACCAAGCAGUGUGUGGAAAUGUUGCAGGACAUUCAGUGGCACAGCCCUAGUAGUAAAACAGUUGAGAACGGCGAAUUGCCGGUACCCCGUACCCCGUCUGGAGUUGGAGACAGGCAUACAGAUGAUACCACGGAUAGCGUACGAACCCCAACCUGCCGGCGUUUCAACGAGGACAGCGCAACCCCGAGGAUCAUGGUCCCUCCUGCCACCCCGGACCUGCCCGCCUGCAGCCCUGCUAGCGAAACCGGCAGCGAGAACAGCGUCAGUAUGGCUGCCCACACGCUGAUGAUCCUAUCGCGGGCUGCUAUUGCGAGGACUAGCGCUGCAACUCCUCUGAAGGACAACACCCAGCAGUUCAGGUCUUUAAGGAGCACGGUAAAGAAAAGGAAACUGGAGGACUUGAAUGAGGGUGAGAGAAAUUCUCGUUCCACGAAUAGGAAAGACCUCCAAAGCUCUCCAACACCAUCAAAAAAGAAGAAAAUAAAGAAAAAGAAGCUUCCCAAUUCUUUUCCAGCGGGAAUGGACGUGGACAAGUUCUUGUUAUCUUUGCAUUAUGAUGAGUGAAAGGUGAACUGUGACAAUAUAGAGUUAGGUAUUGUUAUGCUGAGGUUUUGCAUGAGAAAUUAGUUCUGAAGGGUGAGUUGCACUUUCAGUGCACUGAAGUUUCACUUUAUAGCAAAAUCAUGCUGUUUCUGAAGCAGGUUGCUAAGUGUAAAUAUUGAGUUGGUAUAUGUUUAUUUUUGAACAAGCACUUGCGUAAUUAUAGAGCCAUUGAAUUUGCAAAGUUGUACAUUUGUAUAAAUGUAAUGUUAAGAAGUUGUAUGUUUCCCUCACACCACGCUGUCUGCGCUCUGCUGCAUUCUCUGUUACCCCUCGGAACUGCUUCGUCCCUUUGCACGGCGGUUGUGCGUUUGAAGGCGGCGUUUGUAGUUCACUGUUCUGAGCCCCGGGCGGUUGAUCUGCAGCUUCCCCGUCCUGCUGAAUCCCGCAGGAAUUUCACCUUUGGCUCUGAGUGGUUUGGACUCAAAGUCUGUUCUCCUGGAACCGUCAGCCCUGUGUUGUAAGGCUUUGAGGGAGCCAACAGGAAUAGCCGGUAACUGAACAGAAGGGAAAAAAAAAGAAGCCACCCCAAAGCAUUUCUCAUCUCUGGAAGGUUUUCCCAACCAGGCACUGAGAUAGAGGGAUUUCAGUCUGUGUGGGCCUCGCGUGUUUACAGCGUUUCUUACACAGGAUGUCUUUGGAAUGUAAAAUUACUUCCAGUAUGAAUUCUUAAACUGUAGCCACAGCCGGACAAGGAUUUCAAGUGCUCUGCUGCAGGGGUAAAUUCUUUCAUCCAUCAUUUGUAUUGUUGAGAAAGCAUUUGUUAGUAUUACUUAUCCGUUAGGCAGACACGGUAAGAUUUGCACCCGAUCUUUCUGUUUAACAUAGAACUUGCUAUAGUUACACAAACUCUUCAGGAGAAGAGCAGCUCAACCUGCGUUUUAUGUACUAAUAUUAGCAUGGGAGAAAAUGAGCACUCUAAUCCUUGCUCUCAUACCGCAGAAUGCUCUCUUCUGGUGUUCUCCUCUGCUCUCAAGUUGUUGAGGUCUUAAACAAUGCGAGUUUUCCUGUAAGAGAGCUGUACAGCAACAGGGCAAUGUUUCAGAUAGUAUACAAGGAUUCCUAAGGAACCAAUAUUAUGCAGUAGAUGUUUAUAUUAAACCCAUCCAAUAACUGAAUACUGCAUAGCAUUUACAGCUUGAAUAAAUAUUUUUGUUUUAAUAA